CCCUCAUAUUUGUCAGGUUGAAGUUAGGAGAUCCGAGAGAGAGCGAGAGAGAGAGAGAGAGAGAGAGCGAGAGAGCUUGGAGACGUUGAAAAUGGAAGCGAGGAGUAGUAGUAGUUCAGUGGCAGUAUGGAUCUGGAUGGGGUUGAUUGUUGGAGUAUUAGGGUUAUGGAAAGUGUUGAAUUGGUUAUGGUUGAAGCCGAAGAAACUUGAGAGGUUGCUGAGAAAGCAAGGUCUCCAUGGAAAUCCAUAUAGGCUCUUCUAUGGAGAUAUCAAAGAUAUGAUGAGCAUUACCAGGCAAGCUUGCUCCAAACCUCUCCAUCUUCACGAUAACAAUGUCCUCCCACGAGUCCUCCCCUUUCACCAUCACAUCGCCAACAAGUAUGGUAAGAAGUGUGUGAUAUGGACAGGGACGUGUCCCACAGUGAUGAUAAUGGAGCCUCAACUAAUCGAAGAAAUUCUGCUGAAGAACAAUAAUUUCAAAAAGCAAACACCAAGUCCUACCCUUAGCUUGCUACUUUCUGGUCUUGCUGGCUAUGAGGGUGAGAAAUGGGCUAAGCAUAGAAGGAUUAUGAACCCUGCUUUCUACCUUGAGAAAUUGAAGCACAUGCUACCAGCGAUGCAUGUGUGUUGUACAGAGAUGAUGAGCAAAUGGAAGGAGUUGGUCUCAGAAAAAGGAGGUUUAUGUGAGUUGGAUGUGUCACCUCAUCUCCAAAAUUUAGCUGCCAAUGUGAUUGCUCGAACAGCAUUUGGUAGUAGCUAUGAAGAAGGCAAAAGGAUAUUUGAACUCCAAAUGCAACUAGCCAGUCUUGUGUUUCGACUUUCACAGUCAAUGAACUUUCCAGGACGGAGGUUUCUACCAACAAAGAUAAACAAGAGAAUCAAAGCAAUCAACAAUGAAGUGCAAAUUCUUGUGAGGGGAGUCAUCAAUGAAAGGGAGAAAGCCAUGAAGUUGGGAGGAGCAGGUGACGACGACUUACUGAGUGUGCUAUUGAAAGCCAACUUGAGAGAAAUCAAAGAGCAUGGAAACAAGAAUGCAGGAAUGAGUAUCGAUGAUGUGAUUAAGGAGUGCAAGCUAAUGUACUUUGUCGGCCAAGAGACUACUGCACAGUUGCUCGUUUGGGCAAUGAUUAUGUUAAGUUUACAUCCAAACUGGCAAACGCGUGCAAGAGAAGAGGUUCGACAAGUUUUUGGGAACAAUAAACCAGAGUACAAUGGGAUAAACCACCUCAAGAUUGUAACAAUGAUAUUGAACGAGAUUCUUAGGUUAUAUCCACCAGCAAUAAUGAUGUCCCGUGUUAAUCAUAAAGAGACAAUGUUGGGAGACAUGGUGAUACCUUGUGGAACAGAGAUCAUGGUACCUAUACUCUUCGUCCAUCAUGAUCGUGACCUUUGGGGAGAAGAUUCAGAACAGUUCAACCCAGAGAGGUUUUCUGAUGGAGUUGCUAAAGCAACAAACAAGCAAGCAUCCUUUCUCCCAUUCGGUUGGGGUCCUCGGAUUUGCAUUGGGAACAAUUUUGCGAUGUUGGAAGCAAAAAUGGCUUUAGUAAUGAUUCUUCAAAACUUCUCAUUCGAGCUUUCUCCAUCCUACACUCAUGCUCCUUUCUUCCGUGUUACCCUUCAACCUCAAAAUGGCGCGCACAUUAUUUUACAUAAAAUAUAGUGUCGAAAUCUUGGUUGGCUAAUAGUAUAUAUCGUAUGCUGAUAAGCUAUAUAAUAUGUUGGGCCUAUUUGGUGUAAUCAAAAAGUAGAAACUAAAAGUACCUCUUCUCCAGUUUUUAAAUAAUUAGUUUUUUUCAAUUUAUUUAAAUUAUAUGUACUUAAGCAGAAUUGUACUGAAUAACCGGAUCGUUCUAGUAACUAGCUCCAUUGCGAGAGAUGUUUAUGUUGCAAUUUAGUUCUUCUUUUGUUGU